AUUGUCAAGCCCUGUUACCUUAUAAACCCGAAUGUUCGGCCCCAUAUGAGACCCUCUCCUUAUUCACACACUAAACCCACACAAGUUUCAGAAGGAGAGCUAAGAGCUGGGGGUUCUUGGGAUUGGAAUUUCUGCUUUUCUGCUCAAUGGCUUGCAGACUUGCAGAGCCCGCGUUCUUCUUCAUGGGCCCCCGUGAGAGGCCAAUUCGCAGCCACAGAAUUACGACCCGUUGUUCUUCAUGUUUUAACUAUUUAAAACGGGAUAGCCUCCUGUUGAGGGGAUUUAAAUUUCAACAAUGCCUAAUAUCUGCGAGAAGGGCUAAAACGGUUCAAGCUGUGGCCAUUCCAGUUGCACCAUCUCCAGCGGACAGCACUGAGCGUAGAAAGCAGUUAGCAGAAAGAUAUGGCUUCAAGCAAAUUGGAGAGCCACUCCCUGAAACUAUCACAUUGAGGGACAUUAUGGAUUCCCUUCCAAGGAAGGUGUUUGAGAUUGAUGACGUGAAAGCGUGGAAGUCAAUUUUGAUAUCUGUAACUUCAUAUGCAUUGGGGCUCUUAAUGAUUUCUAAGGCUCCAUGGUACCUGCUUCCUCUGGCUUGGGCAUGGACCGGGACUGCAGUGACUGGGUUCUUUGUUAUAGGUCAUGAUUGUGCUCACAAGUCAUUUUCGAGGAACAAAUUAGUGGAAGAUAUUGUAGGAACUCUAGCCUUUCUGCCACUGAUAUACCCAUACGAGCCGUGGAGGAUUAAGCAUGACAGGCACCAUGCAAAAACGAACAUGUUGUUUGAAGAUACAGCCUGGCAUCCUGUUUUGAAAGAGGAGUAUGAUUCAUACCCUGUUUUGCGAAAGGCACUCACAUAUGCGUACGGUCCACUUAGGCCGUGGAUGUCUAUUGCUCACUGGUUGGUAUGGCACUUCGAUAUGAAAAAGUUCAGACCCAAUGAAGUUAAUAGGGUGAAGAUCAGUUUGGCAUGUGUUUUUGCAUUUAUGGCAAUUGGAUGGCCUCUGAUUAUCUACAAGACGGGUGUUAUUGGAUGGAUUAAUUUCUGGUUAAUGCCAUGGCUGGGCUACCAUUUCUGGAUGAGUACAUUUACAAUGGUGCAUCAUACGGCUCCUCAGAUACCUUUCAAAUCUUCAGAUGAGUGGAAUGCUGCUCAGGCCCAGCUCAAUGGAACAGUUCAUUGUGAUUACCCUCGUUGGAUUGAGAUCCUCUGUCAUUAUAUCAAUGUGCAUGUCCCUCAUCAUGUUUCUCCAAGGAUACCGAGCUAUAAUUUAUCAGAAGCUCAUAAAUCUCUGGAGGCAAACUGGGGAAAGUACCUAACUGAAGCUACAUGGAAUUGGCGGUUAAUGAAGACGAUCAUGACAAUGUGCCAUAUAUAUGACAAAGAGCACAACUAUGUUGCUUUCGACGAAGUUGCCCCUGAAGAAUCUCAUCCGAUUACAUUCCUUAAGAAAGUCAUGCCUGAUUACGCUUGAUUACUGAAUACUAUGAGGUCCACCACCUUUGGCUUCCUUCUUAUCUAUGAUUCUCCCUUUUCUAGUCAAAUUUGUUAUGCUGAUUCAUUCAAGGGUUUAGUGUUUAUGGUACAUUUGAUAUGAGCAGGCACAGUUGGUCAUUACAACUGACACAGAUUCGCAUAAUUUUGCGGAGUAUCUUCUCAUACAAUUAUACAAAAUGCUUGCUGUCAUUUUAGUUA